AUGUCUGUCUGGCUCGGUCAAGUCAAGUCAAGUCCAGUCAAGCCCACGGCGUCCCGUUCUUGCAGAAACGAAGCAGAAGUGUCGCAAAUCCUUAGGGGUUCCGAUGUCAAAUUCCCCGAUCCGGUGGCUGCCACUGCCACUGCCACUGCCACUGCCAGUUGCCCGCCGCCCAUUCGUCCCACCCAAUCGCCUCCACCUGCCCGAGUUCUCCCCACCCCUCCCCUCCCCAACCCACCUCACCCCACCCCGCCCCCGACACCAAGCAAGCAAGCAAGCAAGCAAGCAAAAAUUGAGGUGGUCACUGACCCUCUAUUCUUCAGAUGA